AUGUCAAUCUUCCUAUUAGAUUUCCAGAGAAAAAAUGAGACUGGAAGUCUUAAUAUCAUCAUCAAAAACUUUGUAACCUUGACCCUUGGGAGUAGGAAUUUCAUUAGGAUUUCCAGUUUUUCUACAGCUACAGUUAGCUUCGAUAAUAUGAAAAAACCGUUUAAGUAUUUUACUAACCUUGAUGAAGAUUCACCUAAUUUUGACCAAUACCUCAUUUUAAUGGGUGAUAGUAAGAGCGAAGACGAAGAUUCUGUGGGUGUAAAGAGGCUUAAAGAAAAAGCUUGUGAAAUUGAAUUAGAUAAGAGCAUCAGUGUAUCUACCCGCCACAUUUAA